AUGGCAUAUCAACCCCUAUCACUGCCGCCACUGCGGCAAUUCAAAGGCUACCAUCCGGAAUUCCCUCAACAGGGCCCUUACCAGCCGUACUCGGACCCGCUUUGCUGGGAGGUACCUGGCCAAGAAAUUGUCAUCAACCAUGUCGAGAAGAUCACGGAUCUCAGCAAACUGGACGGCUACGUGGAUAGCGAACAGCUCGUCGGUGGCCCCGGCGAGCUGGAAGAGGAGAUCGUGGUCGAUGAUGAUGAUACGACACCGUACGAUUUCAUGCCAUCGUCUAUGGACAACCUGCGGAAUAUCUACACGAGGCCCCUUCAUCGCAGUCCAUCUCCAAUCCAGUGCAUCCGGCCGCCGAUUCGUCGCGACCGGUCCGAAAUUGGCAAGAAACAACGUUGUCUGGUCUGUGAAACCGUCACCCAGGGCUUCCAUUUUGGUGCAGUUUCCUGUGCCGCAUGCAGUGCUUUCUUCAGGAGAACGAUUUCCGAACGCCGCGAAUAUACCUGUCGGGUGGAGGGCGACGGCCAUCUGAAGUGCGAAAUUAAUGCCGAGCACCGCUGCUACUGCCGUGCUUGUCGCUUCCAGAAAUGUUUGACGAUCGGAAUGGAUCCACUAGCCGUUCAACCGCACCGCGAUCAAAUCGGGGCCAAGCGAAAAGCCAACGGUCAGCCGCACUCGAUCGGAUCGCCGGCAAUGGGCGAUAAUCCAUCAUCGCCGUAUUUUAAUGCUCAAAUCGACGAGGUGAUGUCUGGCAGAAUGGCCGUCCACCUGAGCUCCGGUGGUCAGCUGCGCGAGUUCAAGCCGCACGGCGCAGCCACUCAAGCCCUGCUCUCGCAGUCUAACGCUUCCUAUGCGGAACAGCUUGUCGCUCUAUCCCGCCGUCCGGUGAUCGGCGGCCAUAUGGACAAACGACCACGCCUCGACCACUCGAUUUCGCCCGGCGGAAGUGAGGAAAAUGAGCUCGAGCACCUAACGACGGAAGAACAUCAGCGCAUCAUAUACGAAGAGGAGAAGGUCCUAGCUAUGGAGGGCACCAGUGGCGAUACGGAGUACAUGAUCAUGGAGACAUUCCCGUUCGACGACGGCCAAGAUGCGGCCGUCGCAGCGAAGGAAUGGAUGAACAACAAGAAGGUCCCCCGGCUACUGUAUAAGAAAGAGGAGCUUGACGAAAGCCUGCUCCCGCCGAAAAGUGUGAAUAUGAUCGAAGUGAUGGUGCUGGCCUACGAAAAGUUGUGGGAACGAAGAAGACUGCUUUACUGCCCGGACACCAUACGUGAUAUUUUGGGCACCACUCCGCCGGUCUCUCGUCCCGCCGAUCUGGGUGCCAGGAUGCAGAAGCAGCGUCUCCGACAGGAAGUCGGUCUGGUCGCCGAAUUCCUCUCCGUCCUCUCCCCAUUCACUCGUCUUGAUUUGGAUGAUAAGAUCGCCCUCUUCAAGCACCUCUCCUGCCCAUACUCCAUCCUGGAGAAGCACUAUGUGACGAUGCGCCGCGGGGGUCUCCAAAUGAACCGCAUCAUCCACAACGACAACUCGUACACCGACCUCUCGGACUCGGCGUUGGACCGCAUCAAGCUGGAGGGCAGCAAGGAUCCCUUGUUUGCCGAUAAGGCCACGCUGAAAAAGUUGUUCAUCGACCCGCUGCGCGAAUCUCUUCAAGAAGUCACUGCGCCAAUGUUUAACAUGAAGAUGACCGACGUCGAGUUUUGCGCCCUAGUUGCUGUGAUCCUGUUUGAUCCGACUACUUCCGGCCUCUCCGACGCGACUCGAGCACAAGUCCGUGCCGCCCGAGCGCGCGUUUAUCAGGACUGGUUCGCCUACUACCGCGCCCGCGGUAUCACCUCCGACUGCAGUCAACGCGCCGGAAACACAAUGUUGUUGUUGCCCGCUGUGCAGACAACCGUCGAAAAAUCGCACGAAAACUACCACGUGGUCCGCGUCUUCGAUCUCUUUGAAUACGACAAGAUCUUGGACGAGAUGAUGAUGAAG